AUGGCAAUCCCACAGUACCCUCCGCGGUCCAUCGACCGUCGCCCAGGCGGCUCAAGGCCCCCAAGCACUAUGCGGCCACCAGCGCCACCCGCAACCAUCGGCCGAGGGCCACCCGGACCCCCACCAGCAACGGUGCGGCCUUUGGGGCCACCGGGGCCACCACAAACUGUGCCGCCGAGGACACCAAUCGAAGUACCCAGCGAUCGAUGGGGAGCCUAUGCGGGUGCAAAGACUAUGAACUGGCAUUUGAAUCGCCAGCUUCAUCCGCAUGGGCAACGUCCAAGGCCCCCAGCUGUGGCUAGAAGCCCAGAGGAGGAAUUGGAGCAGCAAUUGCAGAUGGAGGCAGAGUUGGAUGGUGUGGAAUGUCUUGGUUAUGUUUCUUCAGAGGUCAUGAACGAGCACCCAAGCGAACUACCUGACUUUGAUCGCAGGAUGUGGGCUGUGGAUCCGUUCUAUGGCUGGCGAACACAGGAGAGGGACAUCCACGAGACGAUGAGCAUGGCAAAGCCCAUGGACCACACGACUGUUUCUACUUUGAGCCCUCAGCCGCCCUCAAAGGAUCCGGGCGAUGACUUCCGGGAUCCAUCAAAGGACCUGCCACUUCAACCAGAUCAAACUUGGAUGAACUGGUUCAUGGGAAGUCCUCAACCAGCAGAGGAACCACCUCGAGCCCAGAAGUCCAUGUUGCCUCACGCCAAGCACUUGCUGCGAAAGGAGGAGAGCGAUGAUUUUGUGCCAAGGCGGGUUGCAAAAAGGGGCCUUCGCCAAGUGCGGCUGCAUUACGACCAAUCCUUGAGCCAGAGAUGCUUGCAGCGGGUAUGGCCUGGAAUGAUCUGGACCAGCGACUCUGGGAGGAGUUGCAUUCUGUGGGCGAGUUGA